UUAAUGACUUAACUAUGUUUUAUGCCUCAGAGCUAAAAAUGGGAAAAGCAGACCGUAUAGCAGACAGACCUCUGAGAUAUACUUUCAAAGAGCACCGCCAUAUUGUGGCGCUCUGAAAUCACGUGGUCCGAGUUCUCGCGAGAUUUGGGCUGGACUGAACGCCACGUCGGUUAGAUAGAAAAGCAGAGAGCAUCUGAUGACCUGCAGCCUCUAAGGAAACAGUUUAUAUUAUAUUCAUUCAGAAGUAUAGAUUUAUAGGCGCUGCACGCUUCACGCAGGUGGUGAGAUGAGGGCCCUAUGUGUGUCUGCGCUGCUGCUGGUGUUUGGUUUAGCAGUGCUGUCAUGUGAGCACGGGCACCACCAUGACCAUCACCACGGGCAUCACCAUGGGCACCACCAUGACCACCACCAUGGGCACCACCACGGGCACCACCACGACCAUCACCACGGGCAUCAUCAUGACGACGUAAAGCUGUUUCAUGGUGCAAGCAAAUGGAGUGCUGAGGCCAAUCUGCCUCCUGAGGAGGAGCUUCAGCAUGACCACGGGCAUGAUGAUGGCCAUGACCACGGGCAUGAUGAUCAUGGACAUGACGAAGGACAUGACCACGGACAUGCCCACGAUCACGGACAAGACCACGGACAAGACCACGGGCAUGCCCACGAUCACGGACAUGACCACGGGCACGCCCACGAUCACGGACAAGACCACGGGCACGCCCACGAUCACGGACAUGACCGCGGGCACGCCCACGAUCACGGACAAGACCACGGGCACGCCCACGAUCACGGACAUGACCACGGGCACGCCCACGAUCACGGACAAGACCACGGGCACGCCCACGAUCACGGACAUGACCACGGGCACGCCCACGAUCACGGACAUGACCACGGGCACACCCACAAACCCAUGCACAGCCCUGGCAAAGAACGCAUGAUGCGCGAGUCGCAGGCUGAGAGCCGGGACUCAGUACAGUUGUGGAUGCAGGCAGUGGGAGCGACGUUGCUGAUCAGUGCUGCACCCUUCCUCAUCCUCUUCCUCAUCCCAGUGCAGUCGAACUCGGAUCAGCACCAGAACCUACUGAAGAUCCUGCUGAGCUUUGCUUCGGGAGGGCUGCUGGGGGACGCCUUCUUGCACCUCAUCCCUCACGCGCUGGCGCCUCACUCUCACCAUGGAAACGAGGGCCAAUCAGCUGCCGCCGAGGAGUCACAUGGCCAUUCUCACGGUGUGGCACACGAUCACAUGAUGUCUGUGGGUCUGUGGGUUCUUGGCGGCAUCGUGGCGUUCCUGGUGGUGGAGAAGUUUGUGCGUCUGCUAAAGGGAGGACACUCUCAUUCGCACUCGCACGCUCACUCGCACGCUGCUCCGAAAUGUAAGGACAGCGACGGGGAGGAGGAGGAGAAGAAGAAGGAAGGAGGGAAGAAAGAUCAGAAAAAGGACAAGAAGGUGAAGAAAGUGAAAGAAGAGAGCUCGGAUAUUAAAGUAUCGGGUUACCUGAACCUGGCCGCUGAUUUCACCCACAACUUCACGGACGGUCUGGCCAUCGGUGCCUCGUUCCUGGUCAGUCCUGCCGUCGGCGUGGUAACCACCAUCACCAUCCUCCUGCAUGAGGUGCCACACGAGAUCGGAGACUUCGCCAUCCUCGUCCAGUCAGGAUGCACCAAGAAGAAGGCCAUGUGUCUCCAGCUCCUCACCGCCAUCGGCGCGUUAGCCGGCACCGCCUGCUCCCUAUUGGCCGAGGGCGUGGGUGCGGCCGCCACCGCCUGGAUCCUGCCCUUCACGGCCGGCGGCUUCGUUUACAUCGCCACGGUGACAGUGCUGCCGGAGCUGUUGAGUGGCCGCUCGAGCGCGGGUCAGUCGGUGAUGGAGGUCGCUGCCAUGCUGUUCGGCGUCGGGAUGAUGGUCAUCAUCGCCGAGUACGAGUGAGACGCAGCGAGAGACUGAAUUCUUUCGAGACUCAGGGGAAGAUAAAUAGAUGUGUAAAUGUGUCCAUGAUGAUUACAGAUGAGAGUGAGAGUGAGUGAGUGAGCGAGCGAAUGAGAAUUGGAGGCUUUUGUAAGAGAAGUGCACUAAAAGACCGAGCCCUUUCACGUCCCGAACGCACCAACAGCACUGGACAUCAUAACGUCCUCCCGAUCGAGGGACCCAUUUACUGUCAUCUGAAACCACACACACAUUUGCAGUCGCUUUUUUUGAUUAAUAUCCAAAUAAUGCACAAUUUAAAGUUGUUGUUAUUUUUUGACAGCAAUGUUCUGUGUUGCUUUCUGAAAAGUGGAAAGUCUUGCUGGCUUGUAUUAACCAUAGAUAUCCAUAUUAGUGCCCUAGAUAGGCGACAAAGUGCGCACUACCGCAACCAUGUAAGUGUAACGUACAAAUUUGCUUUGAUUUACAUCGUUUUCCAAAAGCAGGUCUUUUUUUAAUAAAGAUUUUUGUUUUCUUUUUCUGAUUUUUAAUUUUUUUUUUAACUUGUAAACCCCGGGGGCCUGGGCUACUGAUCCUUGUUCAACAGUGACUUUCCACCAAAUUAACUUUAUCGAGUCUAAUCUAGGAAAAUAAUGUAUGUAAAGUUUCUUUCAUGUAACGUUAAGAAGUGUAACAUCUGGGACUCGGAGAUAAGAUACCUGCAUGUGAAGCAUCUCCUUCAUGUUAAUCUGGUGUUUUGUGCUGGAAAACAUAUCCGCAGUUUUAGUUUUAGCUUCGAGUCACUGAGUAGAAUGAGCUCUCUAGGUGUCUAAUAUGGAUAUUUAUCACGUCCAGCUGUUCAUUCUGGAGUAUUUGGGUUAUGCGUGGUGUCCGGAUCGAGCCAGCAGAUGCAGUAAGACUUAACGAGCAUGUUGUAACAGGAGUCUACAUCAGCACUUUGACUGGAGAAAGUCUGGCAGUAUAAUUUACAAACUUUUUCCACUUUUAGAGCUGGACUGCUUUAGUGAUGCUCACAGGAAGUCACGCGCUUUAUUUUUUUUCAGCCACUUUGAUGUCCGUGUCACUUCCUCUUUUUGUAAAAGUCCUUCGCAGUACCUGAACCGUCUGUUGUGUUUUCACGCAUGUCCCGAGAAUCAAUUCUAAACCGUUUAACAAUAUUCAACACGCACUAUAUGGCUAUUGUGGACGCUUAAAUAUUGGCACCCCCUCUCUUUUUCUGUUUGUGUGGAUGCGUAAUCAUGACGAUAACUGUCGAAGCCUUUAUUCUGGUUGACAAAACUGUCACAAGACUGUAUUUAACUACACUACUUUAGAGAUUGUAUUUUAGCCAACUGAGCUUUCGCUAACUGAGCUAGCAUGUUCCAUAUGCUACCCGUUAUGUUGGCUAGCUAACUGACGAAGUGUCCACGAUAUCAUAAAUCGUAGAGUUUAUGAUCGGCACAUGCCUACAUGUAGUCUGUUGUCUUAUUUUUAUUACUUUGUUGAGUUUUAUUUGUGCUUGACUGUAGUUUCAUUCUGUCACAAAUGUCUCCAAGUCAUUCCCUCCAUGUUUUUUUUUUUUUUUAUCGCUAUAUAAAGUGAACGUAGAGAACACGUCGUUCGUCUUGGUGUUGUUUGUGUGGUACGUGCACUAAGGAACGGUUUCUGUUUGAGAUCCACAUUCAUAAUUGAGAGACUACUUUUGUCACAUAUACACGAGGAUACACACGACGUGAAACGGUGAGAUUGACACUGUGACUGUAAGUACACAAUAAAUAUGAAUGAGAAAUAUAUAAGAAAUUAAAAUAUUAGAAUUUAAUGAAACAGGGAAUUGAAUAAAGACUUUAAAAAUAGUAAGUGAUGAUGAAUGGAUGGUGGAAGUGAGAAGAUUAAUCCACGUCAAUAAUUUUGAAAAUGCA